GAACCGUUAACUUUCAAUUAAUCACAAGCAAUUUAAAGGUUCAGUUUUAGUUUAGCUGCAUUUGAGAUUGGAGUUGAAGUUUGUUAUGGUGUAAAUUUCGAUUUUUGGAUUACAUGAAUAGUUACGAUUUCCCGAGAAGGAUGUACUGUGAAGACCCAACUCCAUCCGUUUAUUUCAAUAGACCGCUAACAGCUUCUAGAGCUAUUCCACCGUGUUUUUCACAGGAUUUUUCGCCUCCGGAACUUCACAGAGGAGGAACCACCUAUGGGUAUAUGAACAGUUGGACAAAUUUGAGAGACGCGCCAUCUGGUGUUCCACAGACAAUUGCAGACACUAACUACAAAAAUGCACAGAGAGAUGACCACGACGUACUGUACAAUAAAACAUAUGCAGACCUGACCUCCAAAAUAGCUUACAGACAUCCAAACCCUGGAGUACCAAGACAAAGACAAGGAAGGAUUGGAGGAAGUUGGAGACAUAUAAAAGAAGUUUUAGGACAUGGUGGUAGUAGGGUGGUUUAUGUUGAUGGUUUGAUUAGUGUAUAUGACAAAGAGAACUUUAACCAACACCUAAAUGCUCAGUUACCAUUCCGUCCACACUUGAAAAAGACAUUAUAUUCACCGACCCGCCAUGACUAUACACAAACAACUUACAACCCAUGGGAAGACUGCGAGGGAAAAGUAGGAAAAUUUCCACCAGUAGCUGCUUCUGAUCCCGACUUGCAGAGAAAACUCAAUAUACAGAGUGCAUCUAAAUACAAAGGUUUUUACCAUUACAACAAGAACUGAGUGUAUUAAAGCACCUAAGACUAAGAGACUCGCUCAAAUUACACAACAGUAUUACAGAGGACAAUUAACACUCAUUGUUAUUAUUUAAUUGUUUUAUCUAUUGAUGGAAUUAUUUAUUUAUAAUCAAAAUAAAAUGUUACUGUUGUU